CUGCAAAUUUUGGAAAAUGAAAAAAAGUAUGUUUUUUUCAGUAAUUUAUUUUUUCAUAAAUAGUUUUGUUGAAUUUUUAGGAGCAUAAUGUCAGGUGAGUUUGCGCCCAAAAUAAAAAAAGUGAGUUUUUGGAAAAUUUAUUUGGAAAAUGAAAAUACUUUUCUAUUUUAGGGGAUUUCGGAUUACUGUAUCUACACUACAGUACUUUUUCUACCAAAUUUUUCAUAGUAAAUUGAUCAAAACCCCAAAGAUGUAACCGAGAAAUUCAAGGAUUCCAUUGGCAAGCCGAGAAGCAGAGAAGAAGUACGGAAACAAGUCGAAGAAAUGCUCCAACAACGAAUCUGUGAAAAAUUGGAAAUAUAAAAAAGUGGAAUAUUUCAGCCCAGGCUGUGGUAAAACAUUCGACAAAUUUUGAAAAAAGUCAGUUUUUGGAAAAAAACUUGUUCUGAAGAUAUUAAUGAGUUUAUAUUUUCAGGUUCAUUUCGGAUUACUGUAUCUAAAUUACAGUACUUUAUUUUCAAAUAUUAAUUUCAACAUAACUCUACCUCACAUGGAGACAUCCACUCUAUGUACAUUGUGAGCCAAAUAUCCAUCCAAAAUAAAAAAAUAGGUCAGUUUUGGAAAGUUUUAUUUGGAAAAUAAAAAUACUUUUCUAUUUUAGGGGAUUUCGGAUUACUGUAUCUAGACUGCAGUACUGAAUAUUGUUUUCUGAAAAUGAAUAUUUGAUUUUUGAAAUCGGAAAAAUCUUUCCGGAAUUCGUCAACUUGGAAAAUAAAAAAAGUACUUUUUUGUUUAAAAAAUUUUGUUUUCAUGGAUAAUUUAGCUCGAUUUUUCAGAAGCACUCUGUGAUCGAAGUACCCGCGCAAAAUGAAAAAAUAUGUUUAAUUGGAAAAUAAAAAUAUUUUUCUAUUUUAGGAGAUUUCGGAUUACUGUAUCUAAAUUACAGUACUUGUUGGUACAUUAAAAAAUUCAAUCACGAUUUAGCACCAUCCGAGAAUAUUUCCGGCGCAAGCACGUUGAAAAAAGUAUGUAUUUUUCUUCUGGAAACUGUACCUAGAUAUAUAUAUUUCAAAAUUGUUUUCCAGAAUCGCGCGAUCAACUUACUGUAUCUGGACUACAGUACUCAUUCAAUCAACUUGGAAUUAGAAAUUAAAUAUCUUUGA